AUGGCUCAGGCUCAACACGGACACAGCGCGGCGUGCUGCAGUAUCCCUCCGAUUGUCAGCAAGGGCUACGAGGGCAAGGGCCGCUGGGAGACGAUUGCGGGCAUGAAGACUUAUGUUACUGGCCCUGCCGACGAUAGCAAGGCGCUGCUGUACAUCUACGAUAUCUUCGGCUUCUUCCCGCAGUCGAUCCAGGGCGCCGAUAUCCUGUCUACCUCUGACAAGAACCAAAAGUACCAGGUGUUCAUGCCGGACUGGUUUGAGGGCAACGCGGCAGAUAUCUCGUGGUUACCUGCGGACACCGAAGAGAAGGGAAAGGCCUUGGGCAACUUCUUCCAAACGACCGGCGCGCCUCCCACGACCGCGAAGAAGAUCCCGGGCUUCCUGAAGGAAAUCGAGAAGCUGCACGCCGGCAUCAACACCUGGGGUGUUGUCGGCUUCUGCUGGGGCGGUAAGAUCGUUAGUCUAACGAGUGGAACCGACACGCCGUUCAAGGCCGCGGCGGAAUGCCAUCCUGCUAUGGUUGAUCCCUCCGAAGCCUCGGCCAUCAAAAUUCCGCUCUGCAUGCUCGCCAGCAAGGACGAGCCCGCGUCGGACGUCGAGAAGUUCAAGCAGGGACUCAGCGGCGAGAAGCAUGUCGAGAUCUUUGGCGACCAGAUCCAUGGGUGGAUGGCGGCGCGGGCGGAUCUGGAUGAUGCGCGUGUCAAGGAGGAGUAUGAGCGUGGGUAUAGGACGCUGUUGGAGUUUUUCGCCAAGUACCUGUGA